GUUAAUUUUCCGCAGUGGCUGGCAAGACCAGCACGAUUCGCCUCUGUUGGUAAAGGAUAGAGGUUGAAUGGUUUCUGAUAAGAAUUUCUAUUUCAGCUGCAUUUUGGAGUGAACCAUGUGAUCACCAGUCUUUGGUGCUCUUGAAAAAGAUGUUUAGAUUUAUAUUUUUAGUAUCUCAAUGAGGAGCAUAACACUCGCCUUUGGCCCAUCACUAGUGACUUUUUUCCUCCCAGCCCGAUUAUUUGAAAUCACUGGCGUUUUCUCGACGCUUCCUCAUUUUGGUUGCUUUGCUCUUACGCAGUUUUAAGCAAAAAGCGACAGGACUACAUAAUCUCUAGGUAAUUUAAAUGAAACAUUGGGUCUGCCUUCCCCUGCCUAUUAUGGGAGAAUCUCAGAAGAUGGAACAUUCUGCCCUGGGGAGAUUUUGCUUCUCUGAGAUAGCGAGAGGCAACCAUUUUGUUAUGUUGACACAUUAUUUAAUUAACGAACCAAUGAGUGUAAAUCCUGUAAUAGCUGACUGUUUGUUCAGAUUACAGAGCUGCUUCAGUUUACUGAAACAUUUGUUGAGUUAAUGUAGCUGAUAAUGGGAUCUGUUGGGAAUACUAACCCGUGACCCAUGGGUUCACUGUGCAGGCCCAGUUAGAAACACAAGCGUUCAGAUGUGCGUGCCAGUUACCCAACGCCAUGUGAAGGAAGGAGUCCUUUUAUUUGAUAGAGUCUAAUUCAUAAGCCGAGGCCUGCAGAGGGUCCACAGCUUAAAGCCGUGGAUCAUCGAGACCACUUAUACUUUAGGCUCGUUACUCUGAUGAACCUUUUCCAAUCGGAAUGAAGUUCAGUUGACUUGGAGUCACACAUAGUUGAGAAAGGUUGAGUAACAUGAACUUGACCCUUCCCCUGUAUCCUAUGUCCAUUUAGGGGACCUUGACGGUUUUGGAUCAUUAAUUGCAAAGCUUGUCCUUUCAAAGUAGUCAUACAAUAUAAUAGGAAGUUCUGAAAACGACACUUCCAAGAUUCUUUGUCACUUUCCUGGAGCGUUUAGAAUAUCCUUAAGGACAUCCGUGACACCUUUUAUUACAUGACUUCCGUAGGUAGUUGUGGGGCUGUUUCUCCUAGCCAGGCAUGGGGAUACCGUGAUGGACCCGCCCACAGCCUUGUCCUUCAAGGGGCUUAUGUAGUCUAGUGGGAAAUACACAGUUGAUUCAAGAAAGAUGUUUACUUUGAAGUGCAAUUUCUUGAAGAUUCUCUUUGACCACAGACAAGUAGCAUUUGGAUGGCUUUUAUGAUUCUAUCAUCAUAGAACUCAUGUUUGCUGAGUGUUUUUACAAUGAUUUGUUAGUUAUUCCUUUGGAAGGACUGUCUAGCUACAGUAUACAUAGUAACGAGGUAAUAUUGCAUCUUCCUACUUGUAAACCUAGCAAGUGGAAUUGACCUUGAAAAGUAGCUCAGUCUUCUUCUUCUGUGGGGAUGGAGUUUCUUCAGUAAGUUCCCUAACUCCAGCCUGUGAGUGGGGGAUGGAGGCUUUGAGCGAGCCCUCUGGGUUUUGAUUGUAGGGAAUUCUAUGCCUGUGUGGCCCCCAGCCCCCAACUUUGAACUGAAAAGUCAAUGUUGAAAGAAUGAACAGUCUUCAGGGAAAAACGUGUUCUUUGUCGUUGCGAGGAGUAUUUCUAUGUAUAAAGCGGUGGAGUGUUCUUGCCUCUUUUCCACUGAGGUACACAUUCAAAACGUAAUUUGUUCUGACCUUUUGGUUAUUAUUUUUUGGUUCAGAGUCAAUUUGUGCCAGUGACUUGAAGGUUCAAGCACUGUGCGUAGUUGUCAAUUCUUAGAAAUAGAUGUUCCAGUGCAAUCAAUUUUGGACCUGGAACUGGCUGCCCAAAACAUUGUGAAAUGUUCUGAGUCGAGAGCCCAGUAGAUCUCUUUGAGGUUCAGGCAGCCCCGGUUUGUCUACGCAACGUGUUCUUAGAGGCAGCGUCUUAAAAGUGCUUUUCAGCAUGCUGAAUUUGGCUUUGCCAAACAUCUGUUUGGACAAGACUGAAACUGUUGGAUAGGGAGUCGAGGCUUGAAGCAGGGAAGUGUAGGUCUUUAACUGACAGCGGGCAAAGGAGAGUAGGAAACAGCCGAGUCAUCAAGAGCAGGAUGCCUGGGGUCCCUGUAGCCCUGAUAAGGGAAGGAGACGUUUUACUUCCAUGAACUAGGACUAGAACAACUCCCAUUUAUUGAGAGCAUACCCUCUCCCCGGCCACUUGGCAUAAAGAGGGCAAUUGUUCCCCACGAGAGAGUGCCGCCUGGUGAGUACCAUGGGCCUCAUCAGCACGGUUAAGCUCAGGGGACAGCUCAAAAGCAGCCGAGGUAUAGUCAAGCCCUGAUUUCCCAGAAUCCGGGUUCUUUCCUCCUUUCUGUGCCAUUGAGCCAGCAGGAAUAAGGAGCACCCUCACAUCUUCUUUCGCAUGGAACAGACGACACAGUGAUACUUUUUCGUUUGGGGACAAUAUAUCUUAUGGGCCGUGUCUAUCAGCUGCUGGCGCAGUGUUUGAAAAGUCAGGACCGUCCUCAGAGACCGACGGAGAACAGCUAUUCCUCUGGAACCUGGGAGAGCGUAUCCGGAGUGUGAUGCAGAAAUAUCUUCAGGAGAGAAAUGAAAUCACCUUUGACAAGAUUUUUAAUCAGAAGAUUGGUUUCUUGCUAUUUAAAGAUUUUUGUUUGAAUGAAAUUAAUGAAGCUGUACCUCAGGUGAAGUUUUAUGAAGAGAUAAAAGAAUAUGAGAAGCUCGAGAAUGAGGAAGACCGCCUUUGCAGAAGCCGGCAAAUUUAUGACACCUACAUCAUGAAGGAGCUGCUGUCCUGCUCACAUCCAUUCUCAAAGCAAGCUGUAGAACACGUACAAAGUCACCUGUCUAAGAAACAAGCGACAUCAACUCUUUUCCAGCCCUACAUAGAAGAAAUUUGUGAAAGUCUUCGAGGCAACAUUUUCCAAAAAUUUAUGGAAAGUGACAAGUUCACUCGAUUCUGUCAGUGGAAAAACGUAGAAUUAAAUAUCCAUUUGACCAUGAAUGAUUUCAGCGUACAUAGGAUCAUUGGACGAGGAGGAUUUGGUGAAGUGUACGGUUGCAGGAAAGCAGACACUGGAAAAAUGUAUGCAAUGAAAUGCUUGGAUAAGAAGAGGAUCAAGAUGAAACAAGGAGAAACAUUAGCCUUAAAUGAGAGGAUUAUGUUGUCCCUUGUGAGUACAGGGGACUGUCCUUUCAUUGUCUGUAUGACCUAUGCCUUCCAUACUCCAGAUAAACUCUGCUUCAUCUUGGAUCUGAUGAACGGGGGCGAUUUGCACUAUCACCUUUCACAACAUGGGGUGUUUUCUGAGAAGGAGAUGCGGUUUUACGCCACUGAAAUCAUCCUGGGGCUGGAGCACAUGCACAAUCGGUUUGUUGUUUACAGAGAUCUGAAGCCUGCAAACAUCCUCUUGGAUGAACACGGACACGUCAGGAUAUCCGAUCUCGGUCUCGCCUGUGACUUUUCCAAAAAGAAGCCCCAUGCGAGUGUUGGCACCCAUGGGUACAUGGCUCCCGAGGUGUUGCAGAAGGGGACAGCGUAUGACAGCAGUGCCGACUGGUUCUCCUUGGGCUGCAUGCUUUUCAAGCUUCUGCGAGGGCACAGCCCGUUUAGACAGCACAAAACCAAAGACAAGCAUGAGAUAGACCGAAUGACCCUCACCGUGAACGUGGAGCUCCCAGAGGCCUUCUCCCCGGAGCUGCGGUCCCUCCUGGAAGGCCUGCUCCAGAGAGACGCCCGUAAGCGGCUCGGCUGCCAUGGAGGCGGGGCACAGGAAGUGAAGGAACACAUCUUCUUCAGAGGCGUCGACUGGCAGCAAGUCUACUUACAGAAGUACCCUCCACCCUUGAUUCCUCCCCGGGGAGAAGUCAAUGCUGCCGACGCCUUUGACAUUGGCUCAUUUGAUGAAGAGGAUACCAAAGGCAUCAAGCUUCUUGAUUGCGACCAAGAUCUCUACAAGAACUUCCCCUUGGUGAUCUCCGAGCGCUGGCAGCAGGAAGUAGCCGGAACAGUUUACGAAGCAGUAAACGCAGACACGGAUAAAAUCGAGGCCAGAAAGAGAGCUAAAAAUAAGCAACUUGGACACGAAGAAGAUUACGCUCUGGGAAAGGACUGUAUCAUGCACGGGUACAUGCAGAAGCUGGGGAACCCGUUUCUGACUCAGUGGCAGCGUCGGUAUUUUUACCUCUUUCCAAAUAGACUUGAAUGGAGAGGAGAGGGAGAGUCCCGGCAAAAUUUACUGACAAUGGAACAGAUUCUGUCUGUGGAAGAAACUCAGAUUAAAGACAGAAAGUGCAUUUUGUUGAGGAUAAAAGGAGGGAAGCAAUUUGUCUUGCAAUGUGAGAGCGACCCCGAGUUCGCGCAGUGGAAGAAGGAGCUGACCGAGACAUUCACGGAGGCUCAGCGACUGCUGCGCCGCGCCCCCAAGUUCCUCAACAAGUCCCGGUCCAGCAUGGUGGAGCUCUCCAAGCCUCCCCUCUGUCACAGGAACAGCAACGGCCUCUGACGCCUGGGCCAGGAGGGUCCUGGGGAGACGGGGCCUCAAGGAAGCCCGUACUGGGGGUUUUCAGCUCUGGAGCUGGAGCCUUUUGGAGAAGUCUGGGGGUCAGAGGUUCGGUCCACUUGUCCCUGGGGCCCUUCACGGUUGGGAGGACCCAGGACGCCGAGGUGCUCCUGACAGGAGCUGUGACCGUGGUCGGGCCCUGGGCCGGCCUCCCCCCCCUCCCGAGCGCCUCCUGCACAUGACCUCUGUCCACGCUCGAAACUACUGAGGAAGCAAGCGGAAGUUCUUUCCCUUUCCUACACACCUGUUUGGGUCGACGUGAGCCUAGAGCCUGAGAUGAUUCCUCCUUAUCACUUCAGUCUGUAUGUCUGAUAGCAGACACAUCUUAGACUUGCCACGAUGCAGUGCAGCCCUCUGUGGCGGCAGGUGCCAGAUGGCCCGAGCGCCACCCCGUGUUCUCUGCUGGGCUCACGCGUGUCCGCUCCGCGCUCCUGGGGGACCGGAGGCCAGCGUGCAUGUCCUCCGUGCACUUCAGCACCGACUUCUUGAUGGCCCGUGUCGCGAGCUGAAGAUGUUUUCUGAGAAGGUUGCCCUUGGGUACCUGCCUUGGGUACCACCAGGUACCUGCCUGCCUUCGACAGGGAACAGAGGGAGCGUGCCCUCCAAGGACUUGGGAGUCGCUCAUCACCGACGGUGUUCAACAGUGGACCGUUGGACGCUUACAGGGAUUCCGAAGGACAGGCAGUGGGGUUUUAACUUCAGGGCAACAGUGAUUUUCAAAAAUCUUCAGAUAAACAAAUCACACUUUCAUGUGUCCGGGUGCGCACGACGCUUGGGGGUGAGUCUGUCUUGGGCUCCAACAAUUAGCAGUUACGGGACACGGUCAUCCUGGUUCCUUCUGCCUGCCCCCGGGACACAUAUCUGUAAUGGAUGUGUAGAGGAAGGAAAGAAUUGCUCUGUUUCACGUUGUAAUAUAAUUUAAAAUGAAUUUUAUUGACAGAAGAAUGCUGAAGAAUGAAUGUGUUGAAAUGAGUUAACCCUGUAUGUUGAGUUUCGUGUUAUCCUUCGCCUGUCAUUAGUGGUGGUACUUGGCCCCAGGUGGGUCGUCCCAUGCCGUGACAGCAGUGGGGCGGAAAGGCCGGUCGCCUAAUCCCGGGGCAUCUUCUCCUCCCCCCACAGGUGGUUCUGUGCCCUUUUCACGGCCCAAAUAAAUGCUGGGCUAUAAGAACCAGUGUGUUUCCCAGUGAAGUGAAGUCCUCUCUGUCAUCAGACUGAAAAUAAUAACAAUAAUUUUUAAAGUCCACGUAUUUGUCUUAUUCUUAGUGCAAUCUUGUAUGUUUCUAAGUUAACGACUGACAGUAUAAAUAACAUCACCCUUAUCUGCGUCCUGCCCUCGAUGUUUUUAGUGGUUCCGGAUCUCUGUGCCCUGGGUUUGUUGGGAAAGUAAGUACUUCUUAACGAAGUUGUAUUUUGAGAGUUUGGAAGACAAUUACUGAGAGUUUUUUAUUUCACAGGGGUCACUUUGGACUAGAAAUCUGGAGGGGCACUAUCCGUCUCAACUCCCAGUUGGGGUUUAAGUCAACACGCACGUCCUCCUCUGCUCUUCCCCGUACAGGAGAACAGAGGCACUCCGCACAUGCCUCUUCCCCUGGCUUAAAAGGGAAGAAUGGUGUUCACAUUCCGGUUUUUUAAGAAACCACGAGCAACAGAAAAGUAGUUGUUCCUCAUAAAGGUUGCGUGCCUCGUGGCCUUGCUUAAUGACAACUGUCCAGCUGUCCUCAGCCCCAUCGCAGGCUCCCAUCGCUCAGCAUUGAUAGGUUGGGAAUUUCUGCGCCCCGAGCCUCUUGCGGGCAGAGCCAAGGCCCUCCUGUUGAGAAGGACACGGACUCCUUCAGGGUCUGCCCACCCAGGGCAUUAGCACGCCGACCUGCAGCUCUUUGAAAAACACCAUCUUUGUUCUGGAGUAGAGCAGGAGGUCAGUCUGUCCUUUAGAAAGGAAGCGUGAAUUGGAAAAUCAAGCCUAAUUUCAAGUGCUGGGGUCCCGUCCGGCAAGUCUGGUACCCGCACUUGUCCCCGAAGCCGUCUGAUAGAGCCAGCGUGCCCGCUGCCCCACGGAAGACGCUUCUGGCCCCUUCUGUGCCAGCACCUUGUGCCUGUGUGGCCAGAGAAGGCCAGUGCUCUAGAGAUCUGUCUCAGAAGGUUUUGAGAGUGUUACCUCAUUCCUAGAUGGUUGACCCUUCCAUGCUCCGACCAUGAAAAAGGACAAACUUCAGCACCCGUUUUCUCAGAGAAGAUAAAGUUGAUACUAUUUUGUAUAAAGUUAUAAUGUCUUGACUUCAUAAAUCAAGGGAAUUAAUAAAGCAAAGUCUAAAAAUAAAGAUGACUUUAAGCUGCUCUACAACGUAUAUGGAAGGUAUUAAAAACUUUCGUGAAUCCAAGGUUAUUUUUCUGAGCGAACAUAUCCUCUCCAUUGCAUUUGCCCCUUCAUGGCAUUGGGAGUCGUGCUUUCCCCUUCCGCGUCGUGUUUAAGUAUGAUUUGUCAGCAAAACUUCUCAAAGUUAGCUGUUUCGCUGCUAAUGCAAGUAUUUCGCUACUCAUGCCUCAGAUUGACCAAUUCAUGGACGCCACAGUGUCAAACCUUGUGUGGAAAAAGAGGGGCCAUGUGUGGAGGAAAGCAAGCAUCCCGCUUAGGAGAGCCCGCAACAGCAACACGCAAUCAUCUGUUUGAAGCUGAUCUAGCUUGACGUGCGAUUUGAAAUACGCCAUAUGGAUACCAGAAACAAUUGUUUUAAGGCCCUCACUGGCCAUUACAAAAUGUCCUUUACCCAUUGACAGAGAGCUUUAACUCCAUGAAAAAGAUCAAAGUGUGGUCUUUGACGGUUUGAGAAAUUUCGCUCGGCAUUUGUAGUUGGGCCAAUUUAGUAGAGCGUGUGACUUUUCGAUGGAAUUGAUUUUUCACAUUAAGAAGAAAGCCAGAGUCUCAAAGUCAGACCCUUUUUCGCAGGAUGUAAAUCUAUGAAAGGUACUUUGAAAUGUGCUGGUGUUAGGAGAAGACUGACUUUGUAGGACUUAAUCGUACGUGAUUUUUUUCUUCUCAGUAAUGUCAUUCAGGGAGGUGUUUCUGGAUCGUUCGGAGACGCCUGAUGAAUUACCUCCCCUGCACCCCUGAGGACUGACAACUUUGUGCCGGAGAGGAGGUGGGCUUCAUUGGAGUCUGUGACAGGCGGUGGCUGGGGGGCCGUGGGCUGUAGGGCAGGUGGAGCGGGUGUCACUCAGACAAGAAGAGUGGUAGAAAUGGGGAAAGGAAGGAAGGCCUUAACUUGCAGGUAAAAAAAUCACUCCCUUUAUACCAGGGAAAUGACUGAGUUUUAAAGUUGGCCGAUUCUUUGCUCCUUACAACAGGCGGUUGAAUAGUAAUGAUUGUGAGACCUGGUCACUUUAUUUUCGAUUAUGGAGCCGCUGGACUUAUGAAGAGGCCAUUGGCUUUCCAUCAGGGCCCUGCACGCCCUCCUGCACCCUCCCAGAGCUAGCCCCCCGUCAGUGCGCACCUCGCAGCCACCGGGAAGGCCAGGCGUGGGGGCUGGGUGGCCGCCCACAGGGCCCCGUGGCCAGCCACAGACCUUUGUCACACGUCCACUGCAACGGCAGUAAGGCUCCCCACGAUAAGGGUACCCGGCUUGCAGUGUAAGCCGUGCCCACUUCCAGAGUGAGCUUUAAGAGUUUAAAUUUUUGAAAUUUUUUUCCCUCCGAGGAAAGGUUGACUCCAGAGGUUUGAAUUCAUCAAUUACUUAAAUUCAUACGAAUAUGAUUUUUUUUUCCUUUUGACCCAGGCCACAUUUAAAAAAGAGCUCUUUUCCUGUUGAAGUAAUGAGAGUCAAACUCUGGAAUAAUACGAUUUCCUCAAGUUGUAACGGGCUUGAGAUUUCUUUCACCCUCAAAGACUAACGGACCUGCUCUUAUAGCCGAGGGACGGGGAUCCUCUCCCCAAGGUGCCCGAUGCCCGGCCAGUCACUGACACGGCUGGGGGAGCACUGGUCGGUAAGUGCAGCACCCCAAAUGUUAAAUGACCUUUAUUGAAGCACACACACACACUCACACACUCACACGCACACACACACACUCACUGCAGAAAAUGAGUUAACAGUACAUGCGUUUCAUCAAAACCCUACAGGAACAAAAACUGCAUUUUGAAAGUUUCAGCAAUUCCCAUUCUUACAGUAAACUCCCCAAUACCACAGUCUCAGAAUCAUCCCUGAAAACUGGUAACUCUGCUUCCGAAUUGUAUUUUGUCCUAAUAUCCAGUGUCUUUCAUGUAAGGGUAGGGAAUGGAGAACUAUUUCUAAGCGUGCACUCAUAAUUACAAAAGGACUUGAAAUUUAAUUCCCUGUGUCUCAGAUGAUUCUAUUCCAUGAUGUAUAUAUUAUAUGUGGUUUAUAAGCUAAACACUGGCCAUUUUUUAAGUUCUAUUGUGAAAUCGUAUUUUUCUAUGUUUUAACUAAUUACAAUAGAUUUGGCUUUUUCUGAGUAACAAAGAUUGCUGAACUACAUACACACAUAGAUAUAUAUUAAAAAACAGAGUUCUAUUUUAGCACAAAAGCAUUUUAUAUUAUUUAUUGAAUCCUUAUGUUUGUUUUCGUUAGAAACAUUCCUUCUUUCCGCUCCUUUUUAUUUGUAUAGUUUGUUAUUUAAAGAAACGGCAGCCCUGUCUGUGUUUCGUAAAAUAAAGUGGAAAUAAUGCACACAGCCACGUGCGGCGAAUGUCCCGUGUCCCCCCCCCCAUGGACCAUUUGCAACAAAAGCUUAUCCUCUGGGCUGUGCUGAGAGGCGUGUGCACUUCCUAGGUGACAUCGGACAGCACACUUGCCAUGAAAUACCACUUUCAUCUACCUCUUCAGGAGGCCGCCUGCUGGUUGACAGGUGCCCCCAAACGCUUGCUUCCAGACUGGCUGCAUUAUGAAAGAAUCUCAGUAACACACUCCGGGGGGGAUUCCCUCUUGAUGUCAGUUUUAAAGCCGUGGCACCGUCUAAGCCAGCGGAGCCGGUAGACGUCCCCCCGGGUCGUUCUCCUCCGGGAGCCGAGAGCCGCCCACCGAGGGUCGUUCCCUAUCCGCUUGUGCCAGAUCCCCCAAGCAAUCCGUCUUGCCGCCGCCCCGAGAUUCAGCCGUGGCGCCGGAUUUAUCAAGUACUACACGGGAGGUCGGUCCUCAGCACUGGUUACAGGCGGCCAGCUGUGUUUAAAAACCCCGCUUCCGGGAGGAGCGCCUUGGAACGUGACUUCCCCGCGGCCCACCGCAUCGCUGUUUCAAAAGGGUUUGGAAAAUGGGGUCAGAAAGCCAAAUGCCCUCGUACGUACUUAAAACUUUGCCAGAGGUCUUACUUUUGAGCGGACGGACCCUUAAGGAUUUCUGUGAACCAGAACGACCGGUCCCCGGGAGAGGGGGUCCCUCCCCACGUGCUGACGUUUCUCCCUGCCUGUCUUCCUCACUGGGUAGCCAGCAACGUGGCAACAGAGUCACUAUAUUCUUGGCCGAGUGUCACGCCCUUAAAGAAAGAAAGCCGUUUUCUCUCUUGCGUUGCUCUACAAGGUGAAGCCGGUGAAUUAGACCUUGUAAAUCUAGAUAUUGUACCUAUGAACUUAUCAUUUGUUUUGAUCUCUCUUCACGUUGAUUGUGCCCGUGGAGGUGUGUAACCCUCUCUCAGUAUACACUUACUAGUGCACGUUUGAAGUCCUCGCCCACGGGAGACGCCGUUCCGCGCCUGCGGUCACCCGCCCUGCGCGGGGCACGUGCUGUCACUUGGUAUCACCAUCUUUCAUGGCUACUUCGGAGCAGCAAGGCCGGUUUCCUGUGUUGAUAAGUUGCGUAUAUAAAAUCUCAAUAAAAAGGCUCCAUACAAAGAUACCUA